UUGAUGCAAGUCUCCGCACAAUAGCUGAGGUAAGACGGGUGUGCGAACAUAAAAGACGCUUUUAAUUUGGCGUUAGUCGUAAUGAGAAAAUAGCCCAUUCAUUUUAUCAUUACAAAAAGAACUCGACAAAGAGAAAGGGUCCUUUGAAUCGCGAUGGGAAAGAGUGAUUUGGGUAUGUUGUUGAAAACAUAGACUUACACAAUCUUGAACGUGUUUUUUCGAAGACAUGCCACACACUGGUCUGUUUACCCAGGUUGAUCCAGUUUUGGAAUUACGGAGAUAUAACAUGGCACCUUCAAUGACACAUGGGAAAGGUACAAAUCGCAUUAAGAGUGCCAAAAAUGAAUCAAUAAUGACUGGGAUUGGAAAAGAAAGACUGAAGUCGAGAGAGAGAAGUAAAACUCUUGAUGUCGUACCUUCGAUUGCGGGUUACCAUGUUACAAAACAUUGGAGUCGUGAGGGAUCGAGUUUAAUCGAACAAUAUUCUUCUAAGAAAGUAAAUUUCUCCUCGAAGCCUUUACAGUUAUCUCGCUCAAACGCAAAACCAGGUAUCAGUUCGUCAAAAUCAAGAGGAAAAGUUGGCGACAUUUCUGCUAAAGUUAAACCAACAAAGCCUUCAGGGCAAGCGAUAGAAAUGAUAAAAGGCAAGCUACCUACGGCUGGAAAAAGACGUGGAAGUGAAACGCCAUCGUUGUUGAUGGUUACAUCGAGAAAAAGGUCGCUGUCUAUUCCUUCUGAUGCUAAAGAACAUUAUUCUAUUACAACAAUAGUUAAAGCAAGAAGCUUAGCAAUGAAAUGGCGGGGUCGGCAAGGGAAGCAGAGCCGAAGACAAACCAUUCUGCCCACCAUCACCGAUAAUACAUCAAAGUUUUCGCUUUGUGCGAAUGUAAAAUGUAGCCCUCAGUUCGAGGAGGUGAUAAAACUUUUGGAAGGAGAUCAUAAUGUUGAAGACGCUGUGAGUGACAUGAAAUCUCUACAGCUAAAGUGACGCUGUUAAUUUCAUGAAAAUCUAAGAGACGUUUUUCACGGAUUUUACCAUCUACAUGUACAACUAGCCCUUAUCGACGCGUUUCCGUUAAAAAUGAUACUUUGGAUGAUAUACAUCAGUAUGAAACGCGUUGGACAAAAACGAGAGGCGUUCAUGUCUUGAUAAAAAGAUGUUGCAUGGUGCGUUUUUAGCCUAAAAAUUUUAAUAUACACUUGCAAUUGUUCGUCUAGCAGAAAAAUCAAUCUUCAUGUGUUAUUGAAAUUUUAUUCAGCUUGUACAAAUGUACAUCGUAACAUAUAGUAUUAAAACAAGCUGUUUAUAUAAAACUUUUGA